AUGUCAUCUAGUCGUUCAAAAUCAUCAAUUCUUGACAAGCCUCUCAGUAAAGGAAAAGGCGAAGUCUCUCUAGCUAUUUACGCUCUGCUGUUUUCAGAAAUAGUACAGUAUAGUCAAAAUCGUUCUCAUUCCAUACAGGAAUUACAGACUAAACUGUCUGAAAUGGGACAAGACGUUGGUAGCAGAUUGCUAGAUUUAUACUUUGUUAGAGAAAGAAAUAGUAAACGAGAAAUAAAACUUCUUAACAUGCUAUUAUUUGUUAAAUCAACUUUGUGGAAGGUAUUAUUUGGUAAAGAAGCAGAUAAGUUAGAGCAUGCAAAUGAUGAUGAAAGGACUUACUAUAUUAUUGAAAAGGAUGCUCUGGUAAAUAAAUUUAUAAGUGUACCUAAAGACAAAGGGUCCCUUAACUGUGCAUCUUUCAACGCUGGAAUUAUUGAAGCAGUUUUAACUAGAAGUGGCUUUGCUGCUAAAGUGACUGCUCAUUGGCAUAAAGGCACAACAUAUAUGGUUAAAUUUGAUGAUGCUGUGAUCUUGAGGGACAAGUCAUUGGAUGACCGAUAA